AUGUGGGAGAAGGCCCUUGUAGCGCUGGCGGUGUUGCUUAACAAGGGGCUCGAGCCAUCACGCGGCGUGUGGCCGGUUCCGGUUCAGUGCAGUUCGUGUGAGUGUCACUGCUUCGUUGAGAAAGAGCCUGUGAAAGCGGAGAAUCCUGAAUCGGUCCAACUGGGUUGGCGAAUCCUGAUUUCUGGAGCUCUGGGAAGCAACUGCCUAGUGGCCUCGUUGGCUUUCUUCUGUGGCAGGGGAGGGCGACCGGAAGCACAGGGGCCAUCAGGGGCUGAGUCAUUGAGCCCACGCCUCCUUGAGGAUGAGCCGGGCCGGCUUCUUCGGGUCUGGUACUCCGACGACGACGUCUGGCAUGAGCGCUUGGUGCUUUUGCCGGGGCGACGGGCUGACGUCUUCUGGAUAGUGACGCCUGACAUAGACAUCUAUGAGGAGAACCUUGCCGGGAAUGCUUCAGGUGGCCCGGAGAAAGUGCGGGAGUUGGCGCAUGGAGCGAGGACCCGGUACAGCAGGCCCGUCUACAAGUUUCGGGCGGCUUGGCGGGAACAUUCGGAUGUGUGCGGCAUGCCCCCUGAGAUCAAGGGGCUCUCGGUUGACUUGCCUGAAGGAAGCGAACAGCCAUUGGAACGUUUGCUGGGUGGACCUUCCACGCCCCGUAGGCGCCUGACUGGGAAAGGGCAUCGAGACCGCGGUGCCCAAGCCGCCUUUGGCGACAUUGGGCCAGGCGUGGCGGUGUGCAGAGCCUAG